AUGCCGACUGCAGGCGAUGACCAGGCGUUUGGGCCGCAGCACGCAACUUCGUUUGACUUUACUCUAAAAUUUGAGCAGACCGCUCUCGGGAUCUUACCUACUGGCUUGCUAAUUGCCGCGGCUCCCUUGUUUGUUUACGUUUGCAAACGACGACCUGCGUGUGCUCGUGCGGGAAUCACUCUGUGGAUCAAGCUGGCUGCCACGCUGCUGCUUUUUGCCUUGGAGAUUUCUAGCCUUAUAUUGUACUGCAAAACCCCCUCCAUUAGAUCCGAUACCGCGCUCGCCGCCGCUUCCGUGUCCUCCGUCGCCAGCUUCACCAUUAUCAUUCUCAUUGUUGUUGAGCACCGCUUUACAUUGCGACCAACCUCGCUUCUAAGCCUCUAUAUUCUGUUGAGCCUCGCCCUUGAUAUAGUCAAAAGCCGCUCCUACUUUCUGAGGCAUGGCCUAGGCACUCUGGGUGGCCUGUCCGCCGCUGCAGCUGCUGUCAAAGCUGGCAUUAUCGGCGUGCAGGAAGUUCCCAAGACGACUCUUCUGCUAGACGAAGGCCUGAGACGACACGCCAGUAAAGAAUCAACCAGUGGCUUCUGGAGUCGGAGCGUCUUUGCUUGGCUUCAUCCUAUUUUUUCUGUCGGGUUUCGCCAAACACUGAGCCUCCAAGACUUGGAGCCUUUGGACACGGAUUUGUCGACGCGGCCGCUGUUCGAAAAGUUUAGCCCUCACUGGGAUACAAGGAAAACUCGUUCGUCCAACGGCAGCCUCGUUAUCGCUUGCUUCGCUACUUUGUGGCGGCCAUUUUGUGCUGUCAUUCUCCCCCGACUUCUUUAUUCAGGCUUGACCUUCGCCCAGCCAUUUCUCCUGCAGCGCAUUCUGGAUUAUGUGCAGAGGAGACAGGCUCAAGAAUACGCUCGAGUCGGCCUCAUUGCUGCUUCCGGCCUCGUAUUUGGGGCUAGAGGGCUUGCGAGAGCGGCCUAUAUGCAUGCCAAUUAUCGUUGCGUCACUGCCGUUCGUGCUGUUCUCAUCGCGGCCAUGGCGGAUAAGCAGCUUCGUCUUACGCGAGCCGAGGCAAAAAAAUCGGCGAUUUCCACGUUAAUGACCGCCGAUGUCGAAGGGAUUGAACAAAGUCUGCCAGACGUUCAUGAUCUUUGGAGCUACUUGCUCGAUAUUUCUUUUGGACUAUUUCUCCUCUACAAGUUUAUUGGAUUAGCAUCUCUGACUGUUUUUGGUCCUUUCGUUUUUUCAAUCCUUUAUGGAAUCGUGGUUGGCAAUUGGUCCGGGAAAGCACUGGCGACUUGGAACGCGAGCAUCGAAUCCAGAGUGUCCAACCUAUCAAUCAUUCUAUCGCAGCAAAUUCCCAUUCGAAUGAUGGGUCUGGGCCCUAUGGUUUCUAAAUAUGCUCAAAAACUGCGCGAAACAGAGAUGGACUGCUCACGACGGUUUCGUGUGUGUACGACAACUACGAUGACGGGAGCAUUGGCGAUAGAGGCACUCACCCCAGUCAUCAUUCUGGCUGCGGCCCUUUUUUGGACACGAUUCGAUAAUGGAUUCACCGCGUAUGUGGCCUUCCCGACCCUAUCGCUGAUCGCGAUUGUUCAAAUGCCACUCUUCUACUUGGUAGACACCUAUACCAGUCUCCCAAAGAUUUGGGAAUGCAUGAAACGCAUUCAAAACUACUUGCAGCUUCCUGAAUGGAUAGACAGGCGCCAACACCACGAUGGCGACGUCCUUCAACUGAAAGAACACCAACAAACUGAUGCACACCAUUUACGAGACGAAGGAGAAGACGGCGGUGAAGCCGAGUCUAGGCAAAUGAGUGAUGAGGAGUUUUAUCAGGAGAAAAGCGAAGAGGCCGUUGUUGAGCUGAAGGAUGCUUGGGUCGGGCCAGCCGGUCAACCCGUGGCAAUCUUGCAGGGCAUUAAUCUGCGGAUUUUGCGAUCCAGAAUUAUUGCACUAAUUGGAUCGAUUAGCUGUGGAAAGUCAACAUUUCUUCAAACCUUGAUCGGAGAGGGUACAAUUCUGCAUGGCGCUGUCAUCGUUGCCAAGCUAAAAUGGGCAUUUUGCGACCAAAGUCCUUACCUGACCAAUGCCAGCAUCAGAGACAACAUCAUUGGACCGAACACCUAUGAUCAGAAAUGGUAUCAUUCUGUCGUCGGAGCCUGCCAACUUUUGGAUGACUUUGGUCAACUCGCCGCUAGUGAUAAGACGGUAGUUGGCAGCGAUGGCAUGAACUUGAGUGUUGGCCAACGGCAUCGAGUUGCGCUGGCCCGAGCUGUCUACACCAGGGCCGAUAUCGUGAUCGUGGAUGAUAUUUUCGGAUCUCAGGAUCAAAUAACGGCACGAGCUAUCAUAAAAAGACUACUGGGACCCGAUGGCCUGCUCAGGCGGUUGAAGACGACUGUCGUUUUCGCCACGCACCUAGGCAUUGCUCUGGAUGUCGCUGACGAGCUGUUUCAGAUUCACAACACCAAGAUCCUUCACUAUAAAGAGGAACUCAAAAAUGACGUCUUGAAAGAGUGCUUAGUUGAUGCAAUGGGGUUGACAAAACAAAUGGCGGAGAACUUGAAAGCCACCAAGGCAACCUCGACUGGCCCCCCAGCGAGCAAGCCUGAAGCCGACAUUCAUACGCAACCCGAAGAUGAAGCUGCUGAGGACUUGGUUCGAACGAGAGGGGAGUUUGGCCUCUAUCGAUUUUAUUUUGGAUCGUUUGCGAAGGCGCGGGUUUUCGUAUGGGUUACUUCCAUGCUCAUCGUGGUAUUCUGCGACAAUUUUCCCAACGGUUAUGUCCGAAUAUGGGUGGAAUACGGCCCCAACAACAAUCUCUAUCUGAUCGGAUUUGCUUUGAUUGCCUUUGCGCGAGUCACGCUUGGACUUUGGAGUCAGAGACUUUUCUACCUCCGAAUUCUUCCUGAAUCCGGCGCAAGACUUCAUCAACUGCUUUUGGAUGCGUCAAUGAAUGCCACGUACAACUUCAUCUGCACUGUUGAUAGUGGAUCGCUGCUCAAUCGAUUCAGUCAAGACAUGAGCCUAGUUGUCCAGACGCUGCCAAUUGCCAUGUACAGAUUCAUUUUCAUGUUGUACUCUUCCUUUAUAAGUAUAGGGUUUGUGAUGGCCGCGUCAUCAUAUGCGACAAUCGCUCUACCUAUUAUCGUGGCUGCCAUAUAUUUCAUCCAGAAGUACUACUUACGCACAUCUAGACAACUUCGCUACCUUGAUCUAGAGUCCAAGACACCCUUGUUCGUACGUUUCAAGGAGACUGCGAACGGCUUGCACCACAUCAGGAGUUUUGGGUGGCUAUCAACCCAGCUUGAGAAGAAUCUUGUUCUUUUGGAUGCAUCUCAAAGAGCGUAUUACCACAUGUUUUGUGUUCAGCGCUGGCUCAACUUGGUCUUGGACCUGUUGGUUGCUGUUGUGGCCGUCUUCGUCGUCAGCAUCGCGCUCUAUGUCAAGAGCUCAAGCUCUCCAGCGGCGAUGGGUCUGGCAUACUUGACACUAAUCGAUUUUGGGGGAACUCUCACGAUCGCUGUGAAAAGAUGGACAGAAAUGGAGAUCGCACUGGGGUCCAUCGCUCGAUCCAAGUCUUUCGUGCAAGAUACGCCGCAGGAAAAGGACGGCCCCGACUGCAGUCUGCCCAAAGAUUGGCCGCGGCGCGGGGAGAUCGAGUUCAAGAAUGUAACGGCCGGGUACAACGCGGAUUCAGUUCUUACCGAUAUCUCAUUUACGAUCUUGAGCGGCGACAAGGUGGCCAUCACGGGCAGAUCCGGGAGCGGUAAAAGCUCUCUGCUAGUGACAUUGCUUAACUUUCUUGACUAUUCUGGUUCUAUACGUAUCGAUGGCGUCGACAUCAGUCAAGUCCCGCGGCAGGCACUGAGGGAGCGGAUUACGACUAUUUCACAGACGCCUGUUAUUCUUGAUGGCUCUGUCCGAUCCAACCUGGUCCCCUUUGUCGAUUCAGGCUUCCCCGAGUCCAUAAUCAAGACUACAUUGAGACAACUGGGAUUAUGGGAGGUUAUCCGGUCAAGGGGUGGGCUGGACCAGGACAUCCAAGAAGCAGGGUUGUCGGCGGCCCAGCAGCAGCUACUAUGUAUUGCACGGGCAUUGCUGCACCAUGUGCAAACGGACAGCAAGAUUAUCUUGCUGGAUGAGGUCACGGCUUCGUUGAGUACGGCGUCGACUCUCGAGGUGCAGCGCAUUUUCGUGGAUGCUUUUCAAGGGUGCACAGUGCUGAACAUUGCGCACUGGGAUUCGCCUAUACAAAAGCCCGAUCUCAAGCUCAACAUUGUCAACGGCAAGCUUGCUUCUGCAUGGAGAAGCGCCUUCGAGCCUGUUGACGAAGAAACGAUCGAGAGGGAUAUGGAGCAGGCGGAGCGUUGCAUGGAGGAGGUUCGCCGACUCAGGCUGAAGGAAGAUGCUGAACAGCGCCAGCUUCUGGCGCGGGAGCGGGCAUUUGAGGAGAUGGUGGGAAUGGAACUCGUGGGAUCGGAUUGCAUGGCACCUGGCGGACAGUCUUCGACCGCUGCUCAGUCUCCCGCUCUUCUGAACGCAAGCGGUUGCCCUUUGGCGCCGGGGUGUCAAGCCAUGAUAUGCGAUGUAAAUGCGGUGGAUGACCAGGAGGACUUUGGAGGUGGAAGGGAACAGUGA